CUACAUGCAGAUCUGACUUCAUCCAGGGGUAUCCGGGACCCCUAAAUAAUGACCUUUUCGAGAACAAAGGCGUGUCCACUCUUUUUGUAUCUGUAGUCCACUGCUGCAAGAGUAGAGUUUGGUGUGUGGAGGGCUUGUUGUUCGAUUGGUGAAACUUGACAGAACGUGAAAGCUGAAAUGAUUUUGCUUUCGUACAUUUAAUUGUUGGUGAAUUAAAUCGGAAGUAAAUCGAAAAGAGUGAAACGAGCUAAUUGAAAUAAAUAUUCAGUGGUGAAGUGAAGAAAGGAACAACUCAACUUGGGAAGAUUUCUCAUUUCGAAUGGAUACACAACCUCUCUACUGAAUGGUUUUCAUCUCCUUGAUUUGCUUUUUUGUAAAACUAAGAUAUUUAAUAAUAACUGUAGCUCUUCUUUGUUAACACGUAUUUAUAAUUAACGCGUAGUUUAGUACAUAAAAGGUAUUUUAGAUUAAUAAUGAACGAUGGUAAGAAGGUAGGUGAAAAUUCCAGUAGUGAGGUUGUUAAUCAAUUUCGAAGCUGUAGGGAUCUUAGCGAUAUCGUGCCUCUCUAUAUGCCACGCUCACUUUAUUUAAAACCAAUUGCGAAAAUAAAUGUGUCCGUUAAUCUUCCCCAAUUAAAAGUUCCAGGAAAAACGAUAUCAACAUGGGAGGUAAUGGAGAAGAUACGUGCCUUUAUAUUACCGGACGAGUUUGCAUCUCUGAAGGUAGCGAAGAGUACACUGGAAUUUAUCAGAUUGGAAGGAGAUUUACAAGACAGGUGCAGACUGCAGCGUGUACUAGCAAGAUUGGAUUCUCAGCGUUUGAAUCUGUCCGGAUUUCCCAAUGUGUUAAAAGUCCGGGCAGCAGAGGCAAAGGAUGACUUUCCCACCAGACAUAGUUGGGAUUCUUACUUCAGAGAUGCCAAGCAUAUGAACGAAUUGAAGCCUGGAGAAAGGCCUGACACUAUUCAUAUUACAGGAUUGCCUGUUAAAUGGUUCAUAGAGGAUGGUGGAACACUCCCUAGCGAAUCUGUGAUCACUAAAAUCUUUAAGAAAUGGGGAACACUCAGAAGGAUUGAUGUACCUGCUGCUGAUGCUUAUAGAUCUAGAAUGCGUCUUGGCACAAAUAUUAACAAGUUCAGCUAUGAGGAUGGGAUAUUUUUUGAUGCAUACAUUCAAUAUGUCGAAUAUAUGGAUUUUGUUAGAACUAUGGAUGCUUUACGCGGGAUGAAACUUCUUAAAAAAGAAGGAGAAAAAGCAUUCACAGCUGCCAUUAAGAUCGAUUUUGAUAAAACAAAACAUAUGAGCGAUAGCUCUGUUGCUCACAGAGAAUUCGAAAGAAAACGCCUUAUAGCGCAGGAUACAUUAGCGGCAGAACGACUUCGUCGGAAAGAGGAAGCCGAGGAGAAGCGUCGCGAAGAACAAAAAAAGAAAGAAGAGGCUGAUGCAGCAGCUAAAGAAAUUAGACGACGAAAACGGGAAGAGAAAAGAAAACGUAAAGUUCUGACUAAAUUUCGGAAAAAGGAAGAGGAUAAAGUGUCUAUGAAAAUCGCGAGGGAGGGACAAAAAUUAAUAAAAGCACAAAGGCAACUCGAAAGUAUUCGUCUUCUAGAUGAAUUAUUUGAUAGGAUAAAGAUAAAACUAGAAAACAAUGAAAUUACAAUAGACGAAGUAUCGAAUGCGGAUUUAAAAAAGGAUGAGAAGAAGAAUAAUAAAAUAGAUGAUGGCACGGAGGCAUUGAGUUCCGAUGAUAAUUCGAAAGAAGGCAAGAAAGACAAGAAAGCGAAAAAAUCGAAGAAGAAGAAGUCGAAAAAGGAGAAAAAGAAAAAGAAAAAACCUAAAAAGGGAAAAGAUUCGGAAAACACGGCAAGUCUGAGCGAAGAUUCAGGUGCAGAGGAACAAGUGAAAAAAUUAAAAAGCGUGCUGAAACAGAAUGUUGCAUAUCCAUCCUCGUCUACAACUGUCACUUCCUUGGAAUCUCUUUCUUACCCGACCCUUUAUCCCCGAUUUCCACAACCAUGGUGUUACGAAGCAGCACUGCCUAUGCUUUAUCCUAGUUUUCCAAGAGGUAUGCCCAGGGGUGGCCGUUUUCUGCGCGGAAGGGGUAGAGGAUUUGCAUGGCGUAACGCUGGAAAUCCUCGCGCAGUACACACGUUUAAUCCUCAUCUAUAUAACGAGCAGUAUUACAAGUACUUCGCUCAUUUAGUAGGUCAGGAUUAUCAUUCUUUCGACUACAGAAGUUCACGGUCGCGUAGCCGAAAGGGUUCGUUCAGUAGAUCCAGGUCGAGAACAAGAUCGAAGUCAAAAUCGCGAUCGAGGUCGAGAUCCAAGUCCUGUUCAAGAUCAAGAUCCAGGUCGCCGAGUAAAUCAAGAUCGAAAUCACGGUCACGAUCAAAGGUGCGAACCAAAUCGAGAUCGAGAAGCAAGAGACGUAGUAAAAGUAAAAGCAGAUCACGAUCUAGAAGAAGACGAGGCAGAUCGAAAACGAGAUCAAGAUCCUCCUCGAAGGUAAGGUCUCGAUCGCGUCGAUCAAGGUCCAAGAAGAAAUCUCGCUCGAGAAGUCGUUCUAAGGUCCGAAAUAACACCAGGAAUCGCUACAGACGAAGAAGAGAAAGAUCGAUAUCAAAAGUAAAGAUCACCAGAGCUAAAUCUCGCAGUAUGUCGCCUAAGAGAAGAUCUCGCAGCAGAACGUGGUCGAUGCCAAAGUCUCCUGGAGGAAGAAGAAGAAGCUGUUCCUGGUCGAAAGGCGUUGACGCUGUUGAUCGUAAAGCGGAGACUGACAAAUCAUUGCAGGCGACAGAAAAAAAAACUGAGAACAAAGAAGCAUCACAAGUAUCUCACUUGGAGAACAUAACUUCCGACUGACAAGAAUUGAUGACAAUUCUUUCUUUUUUAUGCCUCUGAUCCCAUCGUGUAAGAAGAAUCGCGCGUCGUAAGAAUUUGUACAAAACUUGUAAUCGUAUUCAUGCAUACUAACAUCUGUAGCAUUUAUAUCAUAUAGAUAUACUUUUAGAAGAUAUUGUUUUGUUCAUGCCAUUGUAUCUUGCUUAUUUCAAAUGACACAGUUUAGUCACGAUAGGGUAAUCAUAUGAGCAAUUCAUUGAUCUCCGAAGCUUGUAUAUAGAUUAAAGCAAUCGACAUUUAAUAAAUCAAUUUAUAACUA